AUGGUACGCUUGACAAAUUUAUUGCUAAUAUUGGCGAUAGUUUAUAUGACAAAAUGCUUCAUUAACUUUGACGGUUUUCAUUACUAUGAUAAGUACCAUUUGCAACAGUUGCUGAGACUUUUACGUGUCACAUAUGCUGAUGCGGAACGAGAAUUGAGAUUAAUUUUUAAAAAUAAUACAUUGACAAAGCAAGAGUUUCAUGAUAUGAUCAGUGACUGGGCGCUGAAACAAAGCGGAAUUUUAUUUGAUGCAAUUGUUGAAAAUCUAAACAAAAUUCAGCAACAAAUAAUUCAAAUGGAAAGAAUCGCUGAAGAAUCAGUAAAUAUUAGCUCAAAAGAAGACAAAAAUUUGCUAACAAAAUGGAAUAUUUCAUCUGCCAGUGAAAAAGAGUCGAAUGAAAUUUCAAAUGGACAUAAACGAUCAUGCAAAAUACUUUGUCAUUCAAUGAAUAAUAAUGAUAUUAUACAUUUAAAUUUAAAUGCUACCUUAGAAGAUGAAAUUAUAAAUGCGAUGAAAAAUUCUACGGAUGAUGAAGAUCAAAUAGUUAUGGGUGAAAUGCUUGAAUUACUUGAAGACAGCACUGAAUAUUCGCCUAUUUUGGUGCAGGUGCCAAUCAUUUAA